AUGCCGCCGAGACACAAUACGCCUCAACACCUCGGCGUAUCUCUCGGUGUUGAUCGUAUUGUCUGUUUCAGCCCCGACCCCGCGCCAGCGCAUCUUCUUGUUAAGCAUACUCGACCCUUCAGCGCAUUGUUGCAUUUUUCACAUCACUUACUCUCCGCACACCUCAACGUGAAGGCAAAUGAGCGACGACCUGUCUUUGCGCCUAAUUCCUGCCCCGUUCUUUGGGUCGGUCCGCUGACUACAGAACGCUCCCUCGUCUCGCGCCUCUUCCACCGGCCAGACGAGGCCGUCGUGCGCGACCUCAUGUCUCGAGGGGCGACACGAGAAGAGGCCAGGCGUGCAGCCAAGGCGAUGAAGACACCAGAGGGCGCGGCGGGAUACCUCGCAGCCCACCGCGAACUGUGCGACCUGACGCACCCCUGCGAGUCUCCCGACCAGUGCUGGGAAUACCACGGCAAGCCGCGGCGAUCGGCGUCAGUCGCCACUCCCAGUGCGUCUGGUUACGCUGCGGGGUCCGGCGUCGCCUCUGGCUCGCGGAGCCGGCGGCAGACCACCGGCGGUCUCGAGGAGAAGGACGAGGCUGUCCUGUACCUCGCGUCGCACGGGUUCAGCGAGCGCACUGCCGCCUCAGCGCUCGCUUUCUGCGCCGGCGAUCGGGACGCCGCCCUCUCCGCCCUCGAACACACGAGACACACCCGCGUCGUGCCCGAGUGCUCGCACUGCAUCGCCCAUCCGCCCGCGCAGGAUCUCGACGCAGGUCCCUAUGCCGGCGCAAACGUGCCCAACGCCGCGAACGCAGUGACGGACGAGCCAGCCCCGCCAGAGCAGGACGCAGACGAGCUGCCGCAGUACUCGAGUGCGAGGGAGUACAACAGGGCAAGGAGGCGGGAACAGAGGGAGGAGGAGCGUAUUGAGGCUUUGAUCCGACAGCAUCAUCAGCGCGGAAAGAAGAAUCGGGAGAACUGGGGCAAGACUUGCCCGAGCUCGCAGAUCGUCGCGGCGAGGGCGCGGCUCAUGUUCAACCCGCGCGCGAGGUGGGACGACCUGCUCUACUGA